UUCGCACUGUUCGGGACGUUGGUGAAGUUUAAACUGUCAACAAACCGAAACAAGUUUUCUUCAUGUCCACACCCGUCUCAGCUAACUUGUGUAAACUAGUUUUUCUACCGCCUAUGUGAGUCUAACGCACUCGGAGUGUCGGAGGAGAGACAGAUAUGUUUUAUGUCGGAGGUGUAAUUAUAAAUACAGCAGAGGACAGACAUGGAAACCUGCGCUGUGUCAGCGCUGGACAGACCCGCGGCGGAGCUGACGGUUAUGGAUGUGUACGACAUCGCGGCGGUGAUCGGACAGGAGUUUGAGCGGAUCAUCGACAGGUUUGGGUGCGAGUCUUUGGUCGGGGUGGUGCCCAAAGUGGUGCGGGUCCUGGAGCUGCUGGAGGCCCUGGUGAGCAGCGGAGCCGCCGGACAGGAGGCCGAGGAGCUGCGGAGGGAGCUGGAAAGACUGCGGCAGGAGCGGAGCGACAGAUGCGAGACUGAGAGGAAGCACCAGAAGGAGUUGGAGCUGGUGGAUGAUGUGUGGCGAGGAGAAGUCCAGGACCUACACUGUCAGAUCAGCCAGCUUCAGGCAGAGAAUAAGAGGCUGUUAGUGAGUCUCUCUCUCAAAGAGUCGCACAUCACAGAGGAAGACCUGCAGAAACAGGAAGGAAUGUCAGAGAAGGAGAGGCAGGUGAGGAAUAAGCUGAAAGAUUUGGUGGAUAAACAGAGGGAUGAAAUCCGCGCUAAAGACCACGAGCUGACUCUUAAGAACGAGGAUGUCGAGGCGCUCCAGAUGCAGCAGCAUCGGCUGAUAAGAAUCAACCAAGACCUCCGUCACAGGAUAGGAGUGAUGGAGUCUCAGGGCAAGGCGCUGAUCCAGCAGAGGGCUGAGCUGGAGGCUGCAGCCCAGGCACGGCAGCAGGAGCUGGGGGCUCUGCAGCUGGAGGUCACAAGGCUGAGAAAGGAGGUCCGCGGCUGGGAGCUGGAGAGAGAAGUCACUGAUAUAGAAGAAAACUUUCUUACCAGAUCUGGGGGGUCGCCAUCUGCAUCACCACAGACAACGUCCUCAGCGUCCAACUCCAUCAAACCAAAUUCGGUGUGGGCGGAGUGUGGAGGGGACCCUGGCUUCCUCGAAAACUGUUUUGAGGGUGACAAGAGUCCCUCCCCUCUCCCAAGGUCAUCAAGGAGAGAAAAUAAUGAGGAAGAGGGUGAUGAAGAUGAGGACACGACAGCAUUGGUACUGAGGGUCUCAGCUGAUGCACAGUCAGAGGAGGAGACAGACAGCCUGGAGAGGGAGUCAGACAAACCUCGCUUCACCCUUCAGGAGCUGCAGGACGUCUUGCAGGAGAAGAAUGAACUCAAGGCCCAAGUGUUCAUGUUACAGGAGGAGCUGGCAUAUUACAAAAGUGAGGACUUUGGGGAUGACGUCAGCUCCUUUGUUUGUCCUCCCUCUCCUCCACCAUGCUCCAGUUCCACUGAUCAGGCUGAAUCUGGUAUUAGACGCUUGAUCUUCACCGCCAUAAUGCCGAUGGUGGCAGCCGGUCUGAUUGCAGAUGACCCUACGUUGUUACCAAUCAGAAGACUUUCCUUUGUAUGACCCUGAGUUUUAAUUGUACAGUUGCUCUUACUGAAUUUCCCCACACCGUGUCAACACGGUUUGUCGAUGGACGGAUUUACAAGAAUAAGUUUAAUGUCUGUAUUAUUUAGUUAUUUAAAACAAAAUCUGUAUGGUGUUUAUACACUUGAAAGUGUGUCGAUGUCAUUACUGGGGUCAACUUUUACAAUACUUUUUAGCUAACCUGGGAAGAGCUUUAAUAUAAAUUCUAAAUGUGAGACGACUGGCCAUGCCUGGACCUCUUAUGUGUAUUUAUGACCUCUCAGGGUUCUGAGCUUUAAUAAGAUAUUAUCUGUCGAUGCAUUGCUAUAUAUUACAAUGAAAAAGCUGUGCUUAAAGGUGUAAUGCUGCUAUAAUGUCAAAUAACUUCGCACCCAGGUUUUUUUUUACUACAUUACUUGAUCCAAGUAUGAUUACUGCAUGCCCCAGUGUAUUAAUUGAGUUUUCAAGAACACUUUCAAGUUCCUUAGCAGUCUCUGAAUAAUGACAUUGUCUGUCAGGAAUGGGGCCAGCAGCUAUAAUGCCCAUAAAAGCUACAUCUUGUGUCAUUUAUAUUUAACUGAUGUUAAGAUGUAUCUCAAUCUGGUUUCAAGGUGCAGCAAAUGAGCAGGAUGAUCAAGUGCCUUUGUUUUCCACUAUGAGAAUGUUUUACAAAAUGUGCUUAGUUCUCUAAAUUAAUGAAAAGAGGAUAUUACAGUAAAUGUGCAGUCACUAUAGUGACACCACACUCUAUGGUGUACACCAGUAUAAUCUUACUGGUAAAACACCAGUAUGAUCAGUACACCUAUUCCAAGAACAAUGAGUACUGUAAAAACAUGAUAUAACCAAUAUGUGCUGGGUUGCGUCUGUAAAAUAAUGCUUGUUCAGAAUAAAGAAAUAAAGUUUUAUUUUUAA